ACAAAACACAGUUUCAAAUUUCAUUCACGGUGACAAUUACACCAUUCCUAGUGAGGCUGAAUUUAGAUCAGGAAUAGGCAUACAGUUUUUUCCUCCAGUUUACGUUCAAAGAUAUAAUGCGGUAAAAAACAUUUUACUGGAUGAAAGAUGGUGUGGGAAAAUUAGAAAGGCAGGUUGUGGACUUUGGGUGUGCUGAAUUUGGGAUCUUCCCCUACGUGAAACACAUUCCAGGACUGCAAGAGGUGUUAUCAGUUGAUAUCGAUCGUGAGAUGUUGGAGCACUAUUGCUGUCGAGUAGCUCCCCUUAAUGUUGACUAUUUGGUUACUCGAGAAGAGCCUUUAACAGUUCGUGUUUUAGUUGGAAGUAUUGCAGAUAGGGAUUCUUCCCUAUUAGGAGCAGAUGCAGUAAUAUGCGUAGAAUUGAUAGAACAUCUGUAUCCUGAUACAUUGGAAGCUUUACCAUACAAUGUAUUUGGCUUCAUUAAGCCAUUGAUUGCCAUCUUUACAACACCAAAUUCAGACUUCAAUGUGCUUUUCCCUGAUUUCACUGGAUUCAGGAAUGCAGAUCACAAAUUUGAGUGGUCACGAGCUCAGUUCGAAGAUUGGGCAACUAACAUCACAACACGAUACCCAGCUUAUAUUGUUAAAUUCCAUGGUGUAGGUCAAGGACCCAAAGGAACUGAAAUGUAUGGUUGCUGUAGUCAGAUGGCUGUGUUUGUCAGGUUACCAAAUUACACUCCUGCUCCAUUUGCUCAGCUGACAUCUCAACAUGAAGAUCUGGAGGAGGAAGACAAGUAUGUCACCAUGCAGGAAUACAUAUAUCCAGUCUACGUGGAUAAUCGUACUAAUGAGGAAAAAAUUCUUCAUAAAGCAGAAUAUUAUAUCCGGCUGUAUGCAACUAUAGAGGAAUCUUACAAUGAUGUGAAUGAAAAGAUUCCACUGCGGCUUCUACUACCACAUGUAAAAAGGUGGUGUACUUCACCAUCAGUACUACGGAGCAUUCUGAAAGAAGCUGGGUGGGAAAUUUUGGGUGAAACACAAGAUGAUGAGGCUGUACUUUAUCCAUGCUGUGGAGCGAGUGAGAGCUCUCUCCGUGAAUCAGAGGAUGUGCAUUGUGAAGGACAGGAAGAGCUAGAAGCAAAUCCACAGGAACCAGAUCAUUGGGAAGAGAAUUGGAAUAAUGAACUACAACUUCCUUUUGGUUAUGAGUGUGAUAACUGUACAUCAUCUCAGUUUAUGGCAGAUAUAAGCAGUGUUCAACAGGAAUAUUUGUCUGAUGACGCCACUCAACCUCAGUUUGAUGUGCAUUUGCAAAGGGAUGGAGAUUUAGAAAGUUCAAAUGAUUCUUAUAAAAACAGGGAAGAUGAUACCCAUGCAUCAAGUGAUAGGUUAGAGUGUAGUGGUGGUGUCAGAAGUUACAAGUCUACUUACUGUAUUCCUCUCAGGGAUCACUCAAGUAUUAAUAAUGCAGAAAAUAUAAUCAAAUCUACUUCAGAACAUUCAAGUGGUUUUAGUACAAAUCUGAAUAGUACAGAUGAUUACGUCCAGUCACUGGCAGGAUUGGAAUCUGAACUUAGUGUUGAACAGGCAUUCUCCCCAUGCACAGGACAUAGUGCCAACAAAGAGGGUAUUAAGUUUUCAAAAGUGGGUCACAUUUUUGCACCUAUGAGUGCUGUAUAUGUUGAGUCAUCACAGAAAUUAGUUCUUGAAACAUGUUCUAAUAAUGAGGCCUUAACAGAUUGUAAGUCAGAAAAAAACAAAAAAAUAGGGGGUAUGUCAUCAUUGUGUUCCUUUCCUGAAGAUAGCAGGGUAUCUGGAGAACAUCAGAAAUCUCAGUAUUUGGAACACCAGGUAACUACUGGCCAAGUAAAGGGUUUAAAUGCAAGUUUAUCAAGUGGCUGUAUGGUACUGAAUUCUGGUUCAAACAGAUAUACUGAAAAAUUUAGUAAUGUCAGUCAAAAUGGUCACACAGAAGAAAGUUUAUCUGUUGGAUUGCCGUACCUUAAUUCAAAGCGAGAAAUAACUGAUUGCUCUGCUUCACAAACAGUAAUCAAUCAACCUUUGAAUUUUGGUAGUGGCAGUUCCUCUAUGCAGGAAUCAUCACAGGACCGAAGUUUAGUUGAAAGCUGUAGUUUGGAUGAGCAGAAUGAUAAGGCUGCAGACAGUGGUUACCCAAACUCAUUCUCAGUACAGGACAUGGAUAUGGACCUAACUCCUGAACAGGUUGAUGAGAUUGUAACAGAAAACCACGAUGACUCUGAAUAUGAUGAUUCGGAAUCAAGUGGGGAGAAUGAUCAUAUUGAAAAUAAUGAUGGACUCAUGUUUCAGUUUCAUCAUGAGGCUCUGUAUAAUCCUAUGGGUCUUGUAGUUGAGAAUGGAGAUCUUGCAAAUAAUAAUUGUGACGGAGAGGGGAAUAAUGCCGUGGCAGUAAUUCAGCCCCUUCAUGAACCAGAUGAAAUUGUUCCAGAAGACUUUGACAAUGAUAAUGACCUCAUAUUGCCUGGUGAUGAACCAUUUCCACAUUGGCUUCUGAAUUUACUGGGUGUAGCAAAUCAUGGUGCAGAUGACUUACAAAAUUACAUGAUACCACCUAUUGAUGGUUUCCUUUUGCCAGAUGAGGGAGUAGGAGGUAUUGAUAAUGAAGAUGAUGACAGUGGUGAACCAAGUUCAGUUAGUGAAAUGGGUGACAUUGAAGGAGGCGGAGAUCCAGUCCAGAAUGGUUUAUAG